GCUAGAAGAUAUACAUUAGGCCACGUUGUUUUACCUGCCACUGCCGGUAACUCUACCCUUUCCACUUUAUAGCAGUUGCCUUUUUCUCCGGUUUCAUCAUCCUCUUACAAAGACUUUUCGAGAUCUAUAAAAGGUUACCCAGGUUUCAUUAUGUACUCGAAACUGUGAACUCAUCGUUUCUCCUUCGACUGAUCUAGUGCUAAUAACCUGUAGAUUGCUCCCGUAAUUAAUACUAUUAACUUUAGGAAGUAUUGAAGUCUUGACAAUGGCGGAUAAUGGGGAAGGAGAGGAAAACAUCCCACGUGGGAACGAAUGGGAGGUUGUGUCCCUUACUGCAUCUGCAUAUGCUGCUGCUCCUGGUCCAAAAGAUGUUGAAACAAAGGAUGAUAGCAAAAAUGAUUCAUAUGACGUGGAAAAAGCAGAAACUUCUCGUGCUUUAUUCAUGUCUGGCCACUUUGUCUUUUCCCCCAGCGAGCAUGGUGAACACAUAGACAAGGACGUGGUUCCUGGAUCUGGUGCUUUAGAAGAAGGUGAUAUAUCUAGUACAAAGGAUGAAGAAGAUUGGUCUUUGAAAGGUUUGAAUGUACAUGAUGAACUUGCAGGUAUGCAAUUUUUUGAUAAGAAACAUGGUAGAGAGUUUGAAGAAGGAACAACACUGCAAGAACUGGAUUUGAUCAACAAGGACCAGAGUUUGUAUAGUGCUGCUACAUUUGGUUCUUUCCAUAGCGAGGAAGCACUUGGCGGAUCAACGACCACUGUUUCUGAGCUUAUUGAAGCUUCUGAGCAAGGCUUCGAUUUUCCUUCAGACAUGCCCGAGUCCCCAAAGCCUUUACAAGAUGAUGAAGGGGAUUGCUUUGACCUCCCUUGCGAAGCUUGGUGGAAGAGAAGAGCAGUUUCGUUGUAUGCUCAUGCAAAGGAGGCAAAUGCAUUUUGGUCCGUUUUUGUUGCAGCAGCUGUGAUGGGCCUUGUGAUUCUUGGGCAGCGGUGGCAACAAGAGCGGUGGCAAGCUUUGCAGCAUAAGUGGCAGCUGAGCAUCAACAAUGAGAAGACUGGUAAGGUGCUUGGUUCCAUAUAUCGCCUUAAGGAAGUCAUUGUGGGUGGCCACCGCCGAGGUUCUUUUCUGAGAGGCACCUUCCCUAAUGACAGUUAAAACUUGUGAUGAUGACGACGAUGAAAAACAUAGUGAGAGAAUGUCAUGGAGAUUGAUUUGGGUGUUGAUAUGUUAGUUUGCUGUUUGAUUAACUUAUUUGUCUUAAUCUCUCAUGAAAAGCUACGUAGCUGCAUGCAGAAAGGAGUUUGCGAUUUGUGUUUAUAUUGUGACCAUUGUCUGCGAUUUGUGUUU